GUUAGCGACUAUGGUGGAAUUGUUAAAUUGUUUUCCAACCAUGAUAAUAUAAAAAAUAUUGAUGGUUCCAACAAUGAUAAUAUAAAAAAGAUUGAUGGAUGUUUUCUUGUGAUUUUAAAUGUCACCGGGAUCUAUAAGUAA